GCAAGUGAGCCAGGCCGUACGCGUGGACGUAGGCGUGGGCGUGGGCCAACAGUUUCCGGUCAGACAUCCACGUCUUCUGUUGUCCGCAGGUGGUGCCUGAAGACAUGGACAAAUAUGCCUUGCUGCAGAGGGCUAAACUGCAUCUGGAUUUCAUCCACGCGAAUUCCACAACACACAGUUUCCUCUUUGGAGCACUGGCUGAGUUGCUGGACAACGCAAGAGAUGCCGGGGCUGUAAGACUCGAUGUGUUUUCAGUGGAUAAUGAAACACUGCAGGGAGGAUUCAUGUUGUGUUUCCUGGAUGAUGGAUGUGGCAUGAGCCCUGAUGAAGCUUCAGACGUAAUUUACUUUGGAACAUCCAAGAAACGCUUGUCGACCUUGAAGUUCAUCGGGCAAUAUGGUAACGGGCUUAAGAGCGGCUCCAUGAGAAUCGGCAAAGACUGUAUUCUUUUCACAAAGAAGGAAGAGACCAUGACCUGUCUGUUCUUCUCUCAGACUUUCUGUGAAAAAGAAGGUCUCACUGAGGUUGUAGUUCCAAUACCUUCAUGGCUAACGAGAACCAGAGAGAGUAUCACAGAUGACCCGCAGAAGUUCUUCACAGAAUUGUCCAUCAUUUUCAAGUACUCCCCAUUUAAGACCGAAGCUGAAUUGAUGCAGCAGUUUGAUAUGAUCUACGGGAGAUGUGGAACUUUGCUGAUUAUUUAUAACUUGAAGCUGCUGCUUAGCGGAGAACCAGAGUUGGAUGUUACAACCGACAAAGAAGAUAUACUGAUGGCCGAGGCUCCGGAGGAAAUUCCAGAGAGACGGUCAUUCAGAGCCUACACAGCUGUUCUGUAUUUUGAACCCCGGAUGAAAAUAUUUAUUCAGGCCAAAAGAGUUCAAACAAAGCAUCUGUGUUAUUCCCUCUACAAACCCAGAAAAUACCAAUAUACUACAUCUUCUUUCAAAGGGAAGUUUAAAACUGAAGUUCAAAAGGCAGAAGAAGCAGUAAAGAGGGCUGAACUCCUGUUUAAAGAGGUGCAAGCCAAAGUAAACCAGCCGGACAGAAUUGCUUUGUCUUCUACCCAGGAUGCAUUACAGAAAGCUCUGCAAGACGUGGACACAAAGCAUAAAAGUCUUCGCCAGAAACAGAGGGCCCUAAGGAAAGCAAGAACUCUCUCUCUGUUCUUUGGAGUGAACACAGAAGACCAACACCAAGCUGGAAUGUUCAUUUACAGUAAUAACCGAUUGAUCAAAAUGUACGAGAAGGUUGGUCCCCAGCUGAAAAUGAAGUCAUUACUUGGUGCAGGUAUAAUUGGAAUUGUGAACAUACCUUUGGAGACCAUGGAACCAUCCCAUAAUAAACAAGAAUUCCUCAAUGUCCAAGAAUACAAUCAUCUACUAAAAGUCAUGGGACAGUACUUGAUCCAGUACUGUAAGGACAUUGGGAUCAGUAAUAGAAACCUAACACUGUUUUGGGACGAAUUUAAAUAUCAGCAUAGCAAAGACACAGACAGCUCUUUGGAAUCUCUCCAAUGGCGAAGAAGACAAGCCAUGGGUAUCCCAUUCAUCCUACAAUGCGAUCUUUGUCUCAAAUGGAGAGUCCUGCCUUCCUCUUCCAAUUACCAGGAAAAAGGAUUACCUGACCUAUGGAUUUGUGCCAGUAAUCCCAACAACCUGGAAAACAGCUGUAACCAGAUAGAGCGCCUGCCUUCUAUCCCACUGGGCACCGUGAACAGAAGACCACCAUCAAAAGAUGAGAGAGAGAGGCAACUUCAAGAGUCAGUCCAGAGAUAUCAGGACAAGCUGGUGGAAGCGCAGCCGCAGAAGUCUCAACUUAUAGUAACAAGCAAGAUCCCCGAGUUCAAGUCCUCCUGCCUUUCCUCAGCACUCAAGGAAAAAUCCAAACUUGGGAGAAUCCAGCCUUCAGGGGCAGACCUGACUCAGGGCAGUCCCUCAUCUGUUAAGCUUUCGUUCAUGCAAAGAAGCCAAAAGAGGAGCACAGAGGAUACUCACUCGGACGUGGAGUUCAUCUGCAUGACGAAGAUUCCGAAGAAGUCUGUGAAGAAGACCGUGAAGUACCUGCAGCCUGGUCACGCUCCAGCUCUAUUGGAAAACCUCAAACUCGAGGACACAGCCCAGGUUUCUUCACGGGAAAUAAAAAAGCAGCAGAGUGAGAGCCUCGUGCAGGCAGGCAAGGCAUCCACUGACGUGGCUAGCAGCAGAGAUCCAACUGUGACCAUGGUUUGGGAUCAAAGCAGCACCAAGGUCUCACUGAAACAAGAAGAAGAGGAGGAAGUUCCCCUCAUAAAGCCAGACAAACAAGAGCUGUGUGAUGAUACUCCAGUAGUGAAAGGAAAUUCUUCAGCGCUUCACUGGAAAAGCUUGCCCGGGGUGCAAAUGGAAGAUUUAAGUCCACGUUCUGGACACAAAAUCAACUCUGUGAGUGGUGACUGUCAGCUGCCGGCUUCACCAAUGCCUUCUCAAAGCAUGUCUGUGGAAGAAACAGCAAGAAAACUGCUGUCUAACUUAAGGGAAAUUCUUCUAUACUUUGUUCCCGAGUUUCAGCUAUCAUCAGAAUUUGAGUGCACAUCUGUGGAAGAACUCAUAACAAAUCCUGAGCUGGAGCGAUGCCCAGAGAAUAUAAACGAAAAGCUAAAAACGUGUUUCAACCAGAUCCAGAAUAUCUACAUGGCUCAGUAUGAGAAAAGACUCAAGAGGAAAAUGCAGUCCAUUGUCUAUGAGGCAAACAGAAGGGGCUUACUCAACCAAGUGUUUCUGGGACAGUGUGAACUGAAAAGGAAGAGGACUGAGGAGAAACUCAGUGACCUUCGUGCAAAGCUGGCCUUGCUGCUGCAGAAACUUCAGCUGGGUGGUCCAGCAGGAGACCCGCAGCAGAUUGAUGCUUACUUAGAAGAUUUGCUUAAAGAAGAUCGGCUCCCGACCGCUUUACAUGAAAAGUCUCCAGAGUCAGCGUAAGCAAAAGAUACAGAACCCUGAGAGGGUAUCUCAGAAGUCAGAAAAGAUGUUUUUUCUUAAAACCACUAAUAAAGAAAACUGGAAAAUCCUUUU